AUGAGCGGGAACAGUGGAGACCGAAAACGCCAGCAGAACACGAAUACAUUUAGAGCUUUGACACGAUUUACAAUUGGGCUUUUCGAGAAGUUAUUUUAUUCUAUCACCUACUUGGAUUUACCUCACAAUUAAGCACUGAACUAAUGGGAACAAAGAUGUUUCGUGCGUAAAAGACCUCCUGGAGACGAAGUGAAGCUCGUCUCACGAUUGUAACCACCCGGGCGAAUCAAGGUCUGUGGGAAACCAUUUGUGUACUGCCUGCACGGAGUUAUUCAAUGCACAAAGGCAUCGUAUGAAAGUAUUUCUGGAGCUGUGCAUUAAUAAGUCUCACGUACGCUAUGCUCGCCCGGCGCGCGGUAAAUAUGGAGUCCCUUUCUCAGCACCAACGGCUUGCGCCAAGAGCUACUGGACCGACAAGUUUCAUCUCAAAGAAAGUGCAUCCAGGUGUGGUUCUGUUUCGGUUCUACGGUGGAGAAGCAUAACAGAUCCUUCGCACUCAUGGCAAUGUUUAGCAGCAGUGAAUGGCUGUGGAAUGACACAGAACAUUCUCUCACCCCUGGGGGAAACUACAGCUUGAUAUCAGGAAUUGAAGAAGUGAAGAGGAAUUACUAUGCCAUGCUCUAUUCCAUACUCAUCCUGGCGAUUGUGUUUGGGAAUGUUCUGGUGUGUAUUGCUGUGCUUCGAGAGAAAGCUCUCCAGACCACCACCAACUACCUGGUGGUCAGUUUGGCUGUAGCUGAUCUCUUGGUGGCCUUACUGGUCAUGCCCUGGGCGGUCUAUUUGGAAGUGGUCGGGGGAGCUUGGCUCUUCAGUCGCUUGUAUUGCAACGUCUUUGUGACUUUGGAUGUGAUGAUGUGCACUGCAAGCAUACUCAACCUGUGUGCCAUCAGCAUCGACAGGUAUACGGCUGUGGUGAUGCCAGUGCUAUACAACACCACCCACAGCUCCCGCAAGAGGGUCUCAGUCAUGAUUGCCACAGUUUGGGUCCUCGCCUUUGCAGUCUCCUGCCCCCUACUGUUUGGAUUCAACACUACAGAUGAUCCGGCAGUGUGUUCGAUUUCAAAUCCUGAUUUUGUUAUCUAUUCCUCUGUGGUGUCGUUUUACUUGCCAUUCAUGGUGACCCUUCUGGUCUAUGUGCGCAUCUACAUCUUUCUCAGAAGGAGGCAGAAGAGAAUCACCUUCCGUCAAGGCAGCAGCAAAGUUCAGCCAGCAUCCGCACCACUAUCUGCGGAGACGUGUUUACAAGACGAUGCUCACAAAGAGAAAAGAGACCUUUCCCCCAUCAGGAUCAAUGUGAUAAAUGAAACCAAGGAGCAGGUGAUCCGUCCGCGGCUCCUCGCCAGCUGCCCAUGGCGUAAGCGGCCUCAAACCGCCCCUGCCGAGAACUCGCUGCUGCCACCUGUGAUCACACUGAACUACUGCAGCGUCAGCCAGGCGUCCUUUGCUCGCACUGAGCAAGAUGCAAACCGUGAGGAAGAGGAGGGUGGGGGCAAGGAGCAGGAGACAGUUAGGAGCUGUGAGGUGAAGAAGUUGACAAACGGACACACACACACCUCCCUGCAUCCACCUCGGCCCGCUCGCGUCAUGGUGUGUCCCAGUCAGGUCCGCUGUAGAAGUAUGCACUCCAAGGAAAAGAAAGCCACACAGAUGUUGGCCAUCGUUCUGGGGGUUUUUCUAAUAUGCUGGCUGCCCUUCUUUGUGACCCACAUCCUAAACACUCACUGCAGAGCUUGUCAUAUUCCUCCUGAGGUCUAUAGCGCCUUCACUUGGCUCGGCUAUGUCAACAGCGCUCUCAACCCAGUCAUCUAUACCACGUUUAACACUGAGUUCCGCAGAGCCUUUAUUAAAAUCCUGAGCUGCUAAACCAUUGGCAGUGCUCCCAUAUAAUAAUCAAUGCAGCUUCCAGACAUUAUGGAUUCCUUUUUGGGAUGCAAAGUGCCAUAUUGCCAAACUUGAAAACUUGAAUAUGCAGAGGAGAUUAAAGGCCUUGAACAGUCUGAAUUUGUUCAAGGGGAUUUCUAAUUCACUACUUGUGAUUACUGGAUUAGUGUUCAUCUAAAUCUUUUUCAAACUCUAUAGCUAACUUUGAGAUGACGGACCUGGAAUUCCAGUUGGUGCUUUACAUCCCACAACAAAGCCUAAAAUAUCUGCUGGACCUUAUUCUCCAUCUCACCACCUUGUUGCAUGCAGAGCGAAUUCUGAGGUCAUCAUGUGUUUGCAUGUGUUACACCGCUGAAUGAAACUGAAUUGGGUAAUCUAUUUAUGUGGUUACAAAGGCUAGAGACUUGUCAAAGGGACCAUAAAACCGUUGGAGCAAAGGAGCGUGAAGUAGUAAAGGAUCCAACACUGUGUUGUGCCUUUAAUUGUUUCUCCCUCCUAAGGCCAGGUUUCUUGAACCAACUGCCUCAGAAUAGAAAAGAGAAGAGAUGAUAAUGAUUGUUAUGGAUAAAACAUGAUAUUGUGCUGUGAACUAAAGCUAUAUUGAAUCCCAUAAGCCCUGAUGUCAUCUGAAAUAUACACACAUUAUGCCUCAAGACUGCAUUUAUUUAAAUCAAAGUGACUGUUAUGGAGAAUAUGUACCCAUGGUCUUCUAUCAUGUUUAACAAAAUCUGAACUAGUAGUCAAACACAUUUUACACAGUAUUGGACCACAGGUUCUAUAAAAGUGAUUUUUUUUGUCUUACCCAAUGUAUUAUUCAUGCCUAGGGAAAGAAACAUGUCAGAAAUACAAUUGCCAGGAAAAAAUAGAUGCAUGGUGCCUUUGCAUAUACUACGUGCACAAAUAAUGGAUUGGAAAGACAAAAGCUUUUAGUGGUUGAAGGAGAAAUAUGAGGAACAUAACCUCAAGAAGAGGAGUGUGUGUGAAAGUAGAUAAGUCAGUUUGUUGAUUUGAAGUGAGUGAGUGGAAAGGUGCCAAUGAGUGAAUUAAAACAAGCGAAUUGUUUGGCUGACAGCGUGAAUGACUGUGAAUGUGACCAAAAGCUUUUAGUAGACAAGGAAAAAAGAGCUCUGAAUUUCAACCGGCAUUGAAAGUGAGCUCAGCUGGAAUCCGACUGAUUAUAUGGAAAAAGAUUUUGAAAAAACAUCAUGCUCAAGUGUGGCUUGACCCAAAUUGUAGCGUUUCCAGACACACGCUCUGCAUGUGUGCCCUAAUGAGUGUGUGUGAUAGCUGGUACAAAAGCGUGACAAUGUGAGUGAUGGUUUCCUCUCAUUAAUUACUAAAUGAUGGCGAGACUCCAGUCCUCUCCUGAGCGCCGGCUUUAGUUUGUGUGGUCCGGCACUCUCACAGAAUCAUGGCUCUAACUUGCUAAGUGACAGAUAAUGAAUACAAAAUUGGCGUUUCUCUCAACAAAUCCGUCCCUCUUUCUGUUCUCAGCCCCUUCAUAUCCUGUGUUGUGUUACUACUGUAAGUGCAUGUGUACUGCUGUCUACACAAAUAAUUGCCUUUUAAGAACAAUAAAGUUGAUUAAGUGAGUAA